UCUCAGUGUCUUUCCCGCCCAAACUUCGUCGGAGACGAGCGAGGCCCAGCUCCAGAACCUGAACACCUUACACCUCGACUAAAACAAAGGAGUUAACCAAAGAUGUCUAAAAUAUCCUUUCCUUCUCUUAGAAUUCUUCUAUCUUUGUUCCUCCUCUUCAUCCUCUCCUUACCCUUCCUUGUAGAUUCACAGCACCUCAACCCAGAACUCUCAAUCUUACUGAAACUCAAGCAAUCAUGGGGAGACCCCCCAUCACUCCAACACUGGAACUCUUCAAGCAACCCCUGCAAGUGGCCGGAGAUCUACUGCUCCACCGGUUCAGUGACCGGCCUCUAUCUCACCAACACAGGCAUCGCUGAACAAAUCCCACCGUUCAUCUGCGACCUCAAGAACCUUACCCAUAUCGACCUCUCCUUCAACAACAUCCCCGGAGAAUUCCCUACCCUUCUCUACAAUUGCUCCAAUCUCGACUACCUUGACCUCUCUGAAAACUUAUUCGUUGGAGAAAUUCCUGCCAACGUCGAUAAGCUCUCCGGUCUCCAACUUCUCAACCUUGGUUCCAACAAUUUCACUGGUAAUAUUCCGCCGGCGAUCGGCCUUUUAUCAGGGUUGCAGUUUCUUUGUCUCAGUUAUAACCUCUUCAAUGGCUCUUACCCAUCGGAAAUCGUCAAUUUGGCGAAACUGGAAGUUCUUGACAUGUCCUGCAAUCAGUUUACUGCGGCGAGGAUUCCACUGGAGUUCAUGAAGUUGAAAAAGUUAAAGCAAUUUUUUAUGAAGGAUACCAAUUUGAUUGGAGAGAUUCCGGUGACAAUAGGUGAAUUGACGGAGCUGGAAUCGUUGGAUCUUUCGGGGAAUAGUUUGAAUGGAACGAUCCCAAGUGGGUUGCUUCUAUUGAAGAAUUUAAAGAGUCUGUAUCUUUAUUUUAAUCAUUUGUCUGGUGAGAUACCCAGUACAAUAGAAACUUUCAGUUUGAUCAACAUCGAUAUCUCGCGCAACAGAUUGAUGGGAAGGAUACCGGAAGAUUUCGGAAAGUUGCGGAACUUGACGAGUUUUGAUAUGUAUGGAAACCAAUUAUCAGGCGAGAUUCCGGCGGGUUUAGGCCAAAUUACGACGCUGCAAGAAAUCCGGUUGUUCCAGAACAACUUGACUGGUGUUCUUCCACCUGAUUUAGGCCUUUAUUCAAAGCUUCAAACUCUUGAGGUCUGCAACAAUCACCUUACUGGGAGUUUGCCGGAAAAUCUAUGUGCAGGUGGGGUUUUUACGGGACUGUCGGCUUAUUCGAAUGACUUGACCGGAGGAUUGCCGAAAUCGUUUGGGAAUUGCAGUACUUUGAAUGCGGUAUUGCUUUACAGGAAUAGGCUUUCUGGAAAGAUUCCGGCGUCUUUCUGGUCAUCGGAGAAUUUGUCAUAUUUGAGUAUACAGGAUAACUUGUUUUCUGGAGAGCUUCCGAGCCAGCUUGCCCGGAAUUUCUCGCGAUUGGAGAUAAGCAACAAUAGGUUCUCUGGUGGAAUUCCUUCUCAAAUCUCAGCUUCAACGAAUCUUCAGGUCUUCACCGCAAGUAAUAAUCUCUUUUCUGGAAAUAUUCCCUCAGGUUUAACAGACUUGCCUCACCUUAAUACUCUGUCUCUUGAUGGGAAUAAUCUUUCUGGUCCAAUUCCAUCUGAGAUAGCUUCAUGGAAGUUUCUGUCCACAUUGAAUUUGAGUAGAAAUCAACUCUCUGGCCAAAUCCCAUCUGUGAUUGGGUUAUUACCUGAUCUCAACAGUCUCGACUUAUCACAAAAUCAAUUAUCCGGCGAAAUUCCAUUUGAAAUUGGUAGCUUGAAGCCCACUUAUCUCAACCUUUCUUCAAACCAACUCGCAGGAAAGAUCCCAUCUACAUUUGAAAACAUGGCAUAUGAUGAGAGCUUCUUGAACAACCCAAACCUCUGUGCUGAUAACCAGAACCUAAACAUUCAGCCCUGCAAAUUGAUAUCCCGAGAAUCAAAAAGAUUAUCAUCCCGAUUACUUGCCAUACUUCUUGUUCUCGCAGGGGUUAUGUUUAUUGUUAUUGUUCUAUCCAGCCUGUUCUUGAUCAGAGACUACAGGAGGAGAAAGCUAAGAAAUGAGCUUGCUACAUGGAAGCUCACCUCAUUUCAGAGGUUGGGCUUCACAGAAUCAGUCAUCUUGUCCAAUUUGACUGAGAGUAAUCUGAUUGGCAGUGGUGGGUCAGGGAAAGUAUAUUGUGUCCCCUUCAAUCGCUCUGGCGAAGUUGUUGCUGUUAAGAAGAUUUGGAAUAGCAAAAGUUUAGAUCAGAAACAGGAGAAGGAAUUCGAGGCAGAGGUUAAGAUACUGGGAACAAUUCGACAUUCUAGCAUAGUGAAGUUGUUGUGCUGUUUGUCAAGUGAGAACUCAAAGCUUCUUGUUUAUGAAUACUUGGAGAAUAGGAGCUUGGACCGAUGGCUCCAUAGGAAGAAUGGAGGAUCAAUGGUGUCUGGUUCAGUCCAUCCCUCUGAGUUGGAUUGGCCUAAAAGGAUGCAGAUUGCGGUUGGAGCUGCACAAGGGCUUUGUUACAUGCACCAUGAUUGUUCUCCACCUAUCGUUCACCGUGAUGUGAAGUCUAGCAACAUACUACUAGACUCAGACUUCAAAGCAAGGAUCGCAGAUUUCGGGCUUGCCAAGCUGUUGCUUAAGCCAGGGGAUCCUACCACAAUGUCGUCGGUUGCAGGUUCUUUUGGCUACUUUGCCCCAGAAUUGGCUUACACAACUAAAGUGAAUGAGAAGAUUGAUGUCUACAGCUUUGGGGUGGUGCUGCUGGAAUUGGCAACGGGAAGAGAAGCCAACGAUGGAGAUGAGAGUAUGUGUCUGGCCGAGUGGGCAUGGCGUCACUUCCAGGACGGCAAAUCCAUCACCGAUGCCCUUGAUGAUAGGAUUAAGGAACCUUGUAAUUUGGAUGAGAUGAGUGUGGUCUUCAAACUUGGCCUCAUCUGUACUGGUACAUUACCUUCUACUAGGCCUUCUAUGAAGGAUGUGCUACAAAUACUGGUACGUUGUGAACACCUUAGAACUGACGGAGAGAAGGCGAUAAGGAGUGAGCGCGACAUUGCUCCUCUACUCGGCACGACUAAGUAUCUAGCAAGUUACAAGGGCAGUCGGCAUAAGAUAUCAUCAUCAUCUGAUGAUGAUGAUGAUAUUGAUAGUUUGGGAUGUAAUGUGUGAGUAUUUCUGAGUGGUGUGAUGAUGAUGAUAUUGAUAGUUUGGGAUGUAAUGUGUGAGUAUUUCUGAGUGUUGUGGCAAAAGAUGGUUGCAAUCAAGGAGAGGCAUUACCAUUCCUAUACCAUAGCUCCAAGAGUUUAUGAGGCUUGCAAGUGUUGUCAGGGUAAGGGCUGAUCUAUCCAUAACAGUCCUAAGUUAUGGGAUGGGUAAAAUGGGUGGCUGGGUUCAAUUCAAAUGAGUCAGUUUGAUACAGCACACCUGGGUUUCAAGUUGGAGUUGAGUUAGGUCAGCACAAUUGCCCUCUGGAAAGGUUCAUGUUCUGUGGAGCCAUGACCAUUUUUGCCCUCUGAAUUGAUUAGUGCAGAUCAGCUUAGCCUCAGCACAAUUGCCCUCUGCACUGAUCUCUUUUUUUUUCUGCUGAGAUUUGACUGCACUAAUCAAUUCACAGGACGGGUAGAUAAGUUUAUGUUUCAGUUCUGGUUGAUGCAACAUGUAAUUAUAAAUAAAUGAGAUUUAAGUAUAUAAUUUUCUUUUAA